AUGUGCGUUGACAGCAGGGUAAUUAACAGGAUUACAGUGAAGUACAGGUUUCCACUUCCUCGCCUGGACGACAUGUUGGAUCAAUUGUCCGGUUCUAAGGUUUUCUCAAAAAUUGACCUUAAAAGUGGAUACCACCAGAUCAGAAUCAGGCCUGGAGAUGAGUGGAAGACCGCGUUCAAGACACAUCAUGGAUUGUACGAGUGGAUGGUCAUGCCCUUUGGACUAUCCAAUGUAUCCAGCACUUUAAUGAGGUUUAUGCAUCAGGUUUUACGGCCUUUCAUGGGGAAGUUUGAGGUAGUCUAUUUUGACGACAUACUUAUUUAUAGUUCAACAUGGGAGUCACAUUUUAAUCAUCUUCGUGCUAUCUUUAAUAUCAAUCCAAAAUUGAGAAACUUCAGUACCUUAAUUGGUCCUAUCACAGAGUGCCUCAAAGGGCGUGAUUUUCAGUUGAUCGAGGAGACAGAGGCUAGCUUUCGGUUGGUUAAGUACAAGAUGAUGGAGGCCCCAGUCUUGGCACUUCCCGAUUUUGAAAAGGAGGGGCGUUCAGUAGCCUUCUUUAGUGAGAAGCUAUCGGGAUUGAAGAAAAAUUAUUCCACUUAUGACCUAGAGUUCUAUGCCAUAGUUCAGACUCUGAAGCAUUGGCGCCAUUACCUGGUACAGAGGGAGUUCAUCUUUGUUACUGAUCAUGAGGCCUUGAAGUACAUCAAUGGUCAGCACAAGCUGAGUAGGCGACAUGCAAAGUGGUUGGCGUACUUGCAGGAGUUUACUUUCACACUAAGGCAUCAAGCAAGGAGUUUGAAUCGAGUAGCAGAUUCAUUGAGCCGUCGCACAUUACUCUUCACCACCAUGAGCACCAUGAUUGUCCGAUUUGAGGCAUUUCCUGAUAUGUAUGUUGCAGAUCCUUCAUUUGGGAAGAUAAUUCGGGAGGCAACUGAUAACCAUCGACAUGAUUUUAUUUUACAUAAUGGUUACCUGUUUCAUGGAUUGCAGUUGUGCAUUCUAGAUUGUUCACUAAGGCAACAGAUUAUUAGUGAACUUUAUAAAGAAGGACAUUUUGGGUGA